AUUUAAUAAAAUGGAUAAUAAAAGUAAGGGAAGCUCAAAGAGUAGAAAAGAAUUGGGAGGUAUCAUUAAAUAAAUAAUAUUAGAUGAAUUGAGUUUAAAGGGCGUAUCAUUAUUUAAACUAGAUGUUAAUUAUGAUCAUUUGAAACAAUUUUUAGAAGGAGUAUAAUCUGAUCUUGAUAAUCAUACAGUAGAAAUUGAAGGGAUAAAGAAAUUGCUAGGACCUAGUGAAAUCAUUUUAUUAGUUAAAUUUAGAUUUAAUUUAGGUUUAAGAAUAGUUUCAAUUAUUAAGUGAUUCAUUGUUAUUUUCAGACAAAGAUAUAGAGAAAGAAUUAUCAACUUAAUUGAGCACAUAUAUAACAUAAAUCUAAGGGAAAUAAAAGUUUGGAAAAGGAGCUUUGGAGAAGAUUAUAACUGAAUUAAGAGGAAAGUUAUUUUCAGUUAUCUAAAUUAUUUAACAUCUAUAUAGAGAGAAGAAAGUAGAUAUAUGAAUAAUAAUAAUAGAGAUAAGAUUAAAGAUUAACAAAAUUAGAAAAUGAUAUGUUGACAAAGUUUGACACAAAAGAAUGCAAAGAAAAAAUGAGGAAAUAAAAAAAUUAAUUAGAAUAGUAGAUAGAGGAUUUACAAAAGAAUGGUAGACAUGAAUUAGACACAGUAGAAAAGAAAUUAUCAACAGAUAUAUAGAAAUUUGAAGAAGCAGUUAGAGAUGUUGAAAGGUAUACAUUAUUAGUAUAAAUUAAAGAAAAACAUUAUGGAAAAUACAUGAUUGUUAAGAUCUUUUAUCAAAAAGAACUAAUGAAGAAUUUGUUAAUGAAGCUAUUAGAACAAGUGAAGAUAAAUUAUUAAAAGAAGUAUAUUUAAAUAUUUAAAUUAGAUUCAAUAAAUGUAAAAUAACGAUUAAUUGAUUAAAUUUUAAUAAGAUAUAGCUUAUAUUAGAAGUUAAAUUAAGGGUCUUGAUGAUACAGUAGGAGAAAAGUAAUCAAAAUUAAAAUUAUAAUUAAAUGAAAUGAACGAUUUGUAAUAUUUAAUUAUUAAUUUUAAGAUUGAAAUCAAAAAUUAAUUUGAUUGAUAAAUUAGUAGAAUAGAAUAAAUAAUAAGGUGAUAAAAUAAUUGAUUUAAAUAGUAGAUUAGCAACAGCUAUAAAUAAAUUAGAUGUUUCUAAUUAAUUAGAUUAACAUAGAUAAAAAAUAAAAUAAUUAGAAGAUGGAAUUUAAAGAUUAAAUGAUGAAGCAAAAGAAAGAGUUGAAGCUUUAAAGGAUAUGAAUUUAAAUGCUGAAAAUGUAGCAUAUUUAUUAUCUAAAAUUGAUCCACAUAAAAUUUGUACUUUGGAAGGAGACAUUAAGAAAUUAGAAGAAAUGUCUAUUAGAAAUAAUGUACAUUGGGAAACUUUAGAUGCAGAAUUUAAAUCACGUUAUGAUAGUUUUUAAUUCUUUUCAUAAUUAUACUAAUAGUAAUAAUAACAAUAAUAAUAAUAAAACCCAGAAGAAUCUAAAUAUGUUACAAAAGACGAAAUAAAUAGAAUGUUUGAAUAAUUUUAAUAAUAAGGCAAUCUUGAAGAUGAUAAAAUAAGAAAAAUUUAAAAAGAUCUUCAAGACAUAAGCCAUAAAGUAGAGAGUGCAAAUGAAAUAGAAAGAAGAGUAACUAGAAUAUUUAGAGAUCUUGAUAUAAAUGGAUUAAUAAAAUAAGUUAAAGUAAAGGCUAAUGAAGAUGACAUGAAAAGAGAAUUAUUUAAUUUAGAAACUAGAUUAGGAUAAGCAAUGGAAACUAUUAAUUAUUUAAGAAGAGAGAUUGAAGCCUUAUAAGGUAUUUUAUAUAUUUAUAUACAUUAGUACAAUUAAAGAAAUCUCCAAUGAACUUUUAAUAAUCUGCUUCACCUCCAACAGAUUAAAUGAUAGGAAUCAAUACUAAAAAGCUUUAUCCAAUUAAUUGUCUAAGUUGUAGUACUACUAAUUAACAAAGAGUAAGAUUAUUAAGAUUAUGUUAGGUAAAAGGAACUGAUGGGAAAUAUUAUUAAGCUGAUAUUAAAAGAUAAACUAUAGAUUAAUAAUAGUUUUAUGAUUUACAAUAAGAUGAAUCCUAAUAAUUUAAUUAAUAACAUUAUGUAUAAAGACCAUAAUCAGCAAUAGUAAAUAAAUAAAGUAAUCCUUCAAAAAGACCUAUAAGUGCUAAAAAAUGA